UUAAAUCAGUGCAAGCUUAACCUGUGCAACAAUUCACCAUACCAAGCUUUUUUUGUGUGUGUGGAUGUUUUCUGUUUUUCUGUUGUCUGAAAUCUAUGUUAAUCAUCUCCACUGCUCUUAAUGAUCCAGAGCCUAUAAAAGAGCAUCUUCUGCCUGAUCCGAGAAAAAACGGCAGUUGAGUUGUUAUCGGUGAAUCUCAGGAUUUUACAAGACUAAUCAAGAACAAUGAGUGCAUCCAAACUCCAGGGAAGUGGUGAAGUAAGAAUCGCACACUCUCUACAUAAGAAAGAGGAGGAGUUUGUAGUCAAAAGGAGAGAAACUGUUUUUCAAAGCCUGCAGAAACUCAACAUACCCUGCAGUCAGAAUAAAGUGCCACACAUUGCAUUACUGGGUUCUGGAGGAGGACAGAGAGCCAUGGUGGGUUUGCUGGGAUCCCUGGUUCAGCUUGAUAAAGCAGGUCUUCUGGACUGCAUCCUUUAUCUGAGUGGAGUCUCUGGAUCCACCUGGUGCAUGGCCUCCUUAUACCAAGAACCAGACUGGUCCACCAAACUAGAGACCGUGAAAGACAAAAUCAUCAAGAGACUCUGCGGUCCUGCAGUCAGCUGGGCAGACGCAUUGGCCAAACUGAAUAAAUAUUACAAUGAGAGAGACUUCUUCAGCUUGACUGACUUCUGGGCAGCGAUGGUCAUCACAACAUACGUGAAAGAGAUUGAUGAACACACUCUGACAGAUAAGCGGUCCCAACUUGGUAAAGACCCAUUUCCCAUCUACACAGUGAAUGACAAGCAAAGCAAACAGGAGAAGGGAGGAGACCCCUGGUUUGAGAUCACUCCAUAUGAAGCAGGUUAUUCCCUCACUGGAGCGUUUGUGGACACCUCCAGCUUCGGCAGCCAGUUUGACAACGGCUCCAAGAAAAAACAGCAGCCUGAAAUGGACAUGCUGUACCUGCAGGCUCUGUGUGGCGGUGCUUUAGCUGGAGAAGAUGGUGUAGGAUUAAUCUGGGGGAAAAUGCAAGAUUUCUUUAAACAAUCAAGUCCUAAGACAGAAACGAAUACGUCUGAGGAAAUGAAGGAAGAAGACCCAAACUCCCCACAUGUAGAAAAGGGUCACCAGGUUCUCAUGGAUCUUGCGGACAUGAAUCUCUGUGUUUUAAAUGACAAAGAUCCUUCUGCUUUUCAUCAAUCCAUCAGAAAAACACAUAACGACCUCACUGGAGGCAACCGUCAGCUGAUUUUUCCUACAGAAAAACUGAAUGUUGCUGAUAAAGAAGCUGCAAAACUGUAUAUGAAGCAAUACACUGAGGAUGUGUGUAAUGAUUUGAGUCUGUUCAGUUUUGGGCCUUUAGGGAUUUGCUUUAGCGUUUCAACAUGCAUGGCUCAGUGGAUCUGGGGCAGAAAUUAUAACUUCCUCCACAGAAUGACAGAUGAAUCUGUGCCUUCCGCUCUUCUGAAAACUGAGAUGAGAGACUUUGAAGAUGCAGGACUAUUACUCAACUCACCGUACAUCUCAGUGCUGAGAAAAGAACGAAACCUUGAUCUCAUCAUUUCCCUGGAUUUCAGUGAAGGCGACCCUUUCAUGACAGUGAGAGAAGCUGCUGAGAAGUGCAAGAAACUAAACAUCGCUUUCCCUGAAGUCAAUAUUCCCAGUGAAGACCUGAAGAAACCAAAGGACUUCUAUGUGUUCAAAGGCCAAAACACUCCAACCGUGAUUCACAUCCCUCUGUUUAACGUGGUCAACUGUGGAGAUGAAGUUGAGGCCUCGAUGAACAAAUACAGCACCUUUCAAGAUCCUUACAGCACUGAGAUGAUCACUGAUCUUAUGGAGGUCGCUGGAAAAAACAUCUCAAACAACAGAGAGAAACUGAAGGAGCAGUUUGCGGCGGUCGUUGGGUGAAAAGGACACAACUGAUGAGAAUCAAAUCAACUGUAACGGAUGUGAUUACAAUUACUGAUUUAAUAUACUGUAGUGCUUUGCCUCUGUUCCAAUGAAUUAAUAAACUGUUC